AUGUUUAUUCAGGAUUUGUUGAAUAAUGAUACAGGUUCAGUUGUUAAAAUUGAUAUAAAAGCAACUGAUAAAUUAGGAAGAACAUGUUUGUAUUAUUGCUUAAAUGUUGAUGUCCUUAAAAUACUUAUAAACAAGGACAAGAACUUGAUUAGUAUCAAAGACAAUGAUGGCGUUUCUCCAAUUUCUUAUUUCAUUAACAAAGUCAGUUCUUCAAAAUCAGAAGAAAUCACUAAUAAUGUAAUGCAAAUUAUUUCGACAUUGUAUCAAAAAGGAGCAGAUCUAAUCAACUCAGAUAUUAAGAAACUUUCAAGAAUUAACAAUGAUUUAGCUAAAUCUAUCAUUGCAGAAGUAAAGAAGAAAGGAAAUCUUCCGAUUUUUGAAGAAAAAACUCCACAAAUUGUUAAUAAAAUAAGUAAUGAUGUUUCAAGUGACGAAGAGGAGGAAGAUAGCUUUGAUGAUAUUGUUAUAGCAAACACAAACAAUAAAAUUGAAAUAAAUGAAAUUCAAGAUAAAUGGAAUGAAAAAGAAAUCGAAAUUAAAAAGGAAGAAAAAAUUGAAAAUCAAACUAACAAUGUUUUCAAUGAAGAACAAACUAAAAAUGUUUUCAAUGAAGAACAAACUAAAAAUGUUGUUGAUGAAGAACAAACUAAAAAUGCUGUUGAUGAAGAAAAAAGUAAAGUUGCAAAACCAACUCAAAAUUUCCAUGAUUUUGUUCCUAUUGUUAAUCGCUCGAAACCAUCCGAUGAUGAUGACGAAGAAGAUGAUAUUGAUGACAUUUUAAUUGCUAAUACAAAUUCCAAACCAAAACAAGAAACUAAAGAAAAUGCAAAUUCCAAACCAAAACAAGAAACUAAAGAAAAUGCAAAUUCCAAACCAAAACAAGAAACUAAAGAAAAUGCAAAUUCCAAACCAAAACAAGAAACUAAAGAAAGUACAAAUUCCAAACCAAAACAAGAAACUAAAGAAAAUGCAAAUUCCAAACCAAAACAAGAAACUAAAGAAAGUACAAAUUCCAAACCAAAACAAGAAACUAAAGAAAGUACAAAUUCCAAACCAAAACAAGAAACUAAAGAAAAUGCAAAUUCCAAACCAAAACAAGAAACUAAAGAAAAUGCAAAUUCCAAACCAAAACAAGAAACUAAAGAAAAUGCAAAUUCCAAACCAAAACAAGAAACUAAAGAAAAUGCAAAUUCCAAACCAAAACAAGAAACUAAAGAAAAUGCAAAUUCCAAACCAAAACAAGAAACUAAAGAAAGUACAAAUUCCAAACCAAAACAAGAAACUAAAGAAAAUGCAAAUUCCAAACCAAAACAAGAAACUAAAGAAAAUGCAAAUUCCAAACCAAAACAAGAAACUAAAGAAAAUGCAAAUUCCAAACCAAAACAAGAAACUAAAGAAAGUACAAAUUCCAAACCAAAACAAGAAACUAAAGAAAGUACAAAUUCCAAACCAAAACAAGAAACUAAAGAAAAUGCAAAUUCCAAACCAAAACAAGAAACUAAAGAAAGUACAAAUUCCAAACCAAAACAAGAAACUAAAGAAAGUACAAAUUCCAAACCAAAACAAGAAACUAAAGAAAAUGCAAAUUCCAAACCAAAACAAGAAACUAAAGAAAAUGCAAAUUCCAAACCAAAACAAGAAACUAAAGAAAAUGCAAAUUCCAAACCAAAACAAGAAACUAAAGAAAUGCAAAUUCCAAACCAAAACAAGAAACUAAAGAAAAUGCAAAUUCCAAACCAAAACAAGAAACUAAAGAAAGUACAAAUUCCAAACCAAAACAAGAAACUAAAGAAAGUACAAAUUCCAAACCAAAACAAGAAACUAAAGAAAAUGCAAAUUCCAAACCAAAACAAGAAACUAAAGAAAUACAAAUUCCAAACCAAAACAAGAAACUAA